UCGCUCACUCGCUCGCGGUGCCCGCCGCCCGUCGCCCGACUCUGGACAGCUCUCAGCUCCCGCACUUGGCCCAGCUAUCUGGAGCAGCUCGGGCUCCGGAGGACUGGACCGCGCAACUGGCUGGCUGAGCCCUGGGCGGGCCGCGGAAGCAGGGCCCCGAUGGCGCUCUUCGUGGCGGGCCUGGCUGCCUCCUUCCUCCUGCAAGCCACCCUCGCUCUGAACCCCGAGGACCCCAAUGUGUGCAGCCACUGGGAGAGCUACGCCGUGACUGUCCAGGAGUCGUAUGCACACCCCUUUGAUCAGAUCUAUUACACGCGAUGCACAGAUAUCCUCAACUGGUUCAAGUGCACCCGGCACCGGAUCAGUUAUAAGACGGCGUAUCGGCGCGGCCUCCGGACCAUGUACCGGCGGAGGUCCCAGUGCUGCCCUGGCUACUACGAGAACGGAGACUUCUGCAUACCCCUGUGUACGGAGGAGUGCGUGCACGGCCGCUGUGUCUCCCCGGAUACCUGCCACUGUGAGCCUGGCUGGGGAGGGCCUGACUGUUCCAGCGGUGAGUCUGGUGUCUUUGAGGGUCAGGUGGCCCACUGGUUAUGA